AUGGCUCAACCCGGGUACUCGUCGUAUUACCCACAAACGACAUAUGGGUAUCCCACCCCUACAUCUCAGUCUCAGGAGGCGCAGGCGUAUGACCCAAGGGUGCAGCCGCAAUACCUUGCACACCAUCAGCAGCCAUCGUACGGCCAGUCCCCUUCGCAGCAGCAGCCUCACAUGUACACACAAGCUCCGCCUCCCGCUCAACGUCCACCUUCGAGGAUAAAUCCUAUACCUUAUGCCGCUGGUCAAUCACCUGGCCCAAUGUCCGCUCCGCUUCCAGCGCAACAAUAUGGCCAAUAUCAUCCUCCUCCUCCUUCCUCCCCCCAACCUCAUUAUCAGCUCUCGUCUACCAAUCCGUAUCCUUCUCCAGUAUCGCCGGCGGCACCUCAGAACGGUACUCCGCAACCCGCCAGACGGCCGCUCCCUUCUCCUCGCGGUCUUCCUGCCACUCCCGGUAACGGUCCGAGCCCCUCGCCACAGCCGACCCCUUCUCCUGUUCCGUAUUUCGGCACGCACCGACCUACACACUCUGUCCCGAGCGUAUUUCCUCCACAAUCUCAGCCGAACGCAAUCAGCCGAAUUCCCUCUGGGCAGGAGCCGCCACAUUCGGCAAGUGUACAUCCUCCGACGUCUGCUGGUUCACCUCGCCCUUUACCGCUACCUCGCUCUGCGGGCACGUUUGACCUGGCAUCUGCCCAAAGUCAGAGCCAAAGCCAGUCCAUCCCGCAGAGCCCUCCGAAGCGUGCCCUCCCUGCGCCGGUCCCGUCCUACACUUCGGAUCAGCCACCCGCAAGGAAUUCCGAGCCACUGCCGGCGCCCGGACAGAAGUUCGUUCCGUUGUGGAAGCGUGCAUUGCCCGAGCCCGGAGGUUCUGCGAUCGUGGGCUCCUCGCAACCGUCCCAGGCACAACCACAGAUUGAGCGGAGGAGCACCGUGUCUGGCGGCGCACGUCCCCUCCCUUCUCCUGGCUCAGCAAACAAUGCUGUCGGUGUGUCCCGGGAUGCGUUCGCGCGUGCUGGUACGUUACCCCCACACCUCCAGCUGCAGAACUUGCCUUCAUCGCAACCGCCGCCGCAACCACCUCAACCUCCACCUCGCGCGCCUGUCUCUGCUGCUGAUCCCACUAACAACUCGCCCCCGGUGUCGCGAUUCCUCUCUCGUGAGCGGUCGCGCACGCUUCCGCUUCCAACGGCUCCACCGAGCUACCCCCCUCCCGUACAUCCACCUUCCCCGAACACUUUGGUCGGGCAGCCCAUCUCAGAAUCCCCAAUCAGCUCGGAUGACGAGGAACUGACGAACGCCCUGCUCGAGCGCCUUCCCCGCACUCCGCAGCGCUCACCGAGUCCCCGCUUUGGAAUCCGCGAUCUCCCCUCCCGCACUAAUCCCAAUCCCAAUCCCAAUGGCGCAAGUGGAACGGACACCACCACGCCCACGCGACGCGAGCUCCCGUCCCCAGAACCCCCGUCGUCACCCAAUCCGGGCGGACAGCAGGCCGAGACGAGCUUGGCGCUGCGCAUGGCCGCGACGUCGAUCCGGUCCACGUCGCCGUCCCCGGCUUUCCGCCCGACACACGGACAUUCUCAGUCUCUGUCUAUCGCGGGCGCGUCGCGUCCGAUGCCGCAACCGCCCGUGCAGCAGCAACGGCCACAAUCGCAGCAACAGCCGAACGGGGGUUGGCCAGCAGCGCUCCCACCUCUCCCCCGCGCGCCUGUCAGUCCGAAUCCAAAUCCGAGCCCGAACCCCAUCUCCCCGCCACCGUCGUCGACGCAGGCCGCGGUCUCCCAAAUGCAGGCGCGCGCGCUGCCUCAUACGCCCGCGCGCUCUAACACGACUGCGGGAACGGGCGCGUUGCCGAUCUCGUCGCCCUUCCCGCGCUCCUCCCCGCGGAAGGUGCAUCUGGACCUAAGUCUGGAUGAUGCGCCACCGCCGUCGCUGAGACGCUCCCCUGCUCCAUCUCCUUCAUCGUUCCAGCAGACCUCCAACCAUUUACGCUCCCCAGUGAGGUUUAAUGCCCCGUUGCCUAACACUCCACAGCACAGAGCACAAACAGUCGGAGGCUUGCGCUCACCGACGAACGGGCAGCUGCAGCGGACGCCGUCGGACGCGGGUUCUGUGUUCUCAUUGUCCAACUUCCCUGCGCCGCCGACGCACGUGAACGGUCCGUCUCCGCCUUCGUCUCCACAGAAGAACACGUUCGGUGCGCCGGGUUCUGCGGGAGGGCGUCCGCCUUCUCCUACGAAGCCUCAAGUUCAAUUCCAGCAGCAGCAGGUGCCGUCCUCCCCUGCAAAGGCACAGUUCCAGCAACCGUCUUCGCCGAGCAAGCCAUGGCAGUCGUCAAUAUCUACCUCGCCCACUAGGCAGCAGGUCCAGCAGCCGCCCUCGCCUACGAAGCCUUGGAAAUUCACAACCAGGUCCUUAGCCAGGCAGCCGCAGCCGCAGCCUACCCAGCAGCCACCGUCUCCUACGAAGCCGUGGCAGUCGACGAUCUCGUCGCCGGCAAGGCAGCAGCAGCCAUUCCAGCGUCCGCCGUCCCCUUCCAAGCAGUCACAGUCGCAGUUCCCGUCUGGGCGGUCGCACUCGCCCGUGCGCUUCCAGCCGCCGACCCCGAUGUCGAGCCAGUCGUCGCAGGGCACACCGAGGACACCGAAGAUCUCGUUCCCUGCGAGCGCGGACGGGGAUAGCGACGAGGACGAUGGGAUGGGGCCUGUCAUAAACAUCUCUGGUACUGGAGAUAACGGAUCCGGCUCAAGAGGGAGGCCACCGACUCUCCCGAAGAUAUCAUUCGGGGAUUAUGAUGAUGGUGGUAACGACAACGGGAUACCUGUGAUCAACAUCGGAGGAGAGGACGCCGGACCGUCCAUACCUCAAAUCUCACUCCCUGGCGAACCGUCCUCCCCAAGGAAGAACCAGCCCCAGACGCGGAAGAUCCAGGAGACGCUGUCGAACCCGCGCGUAGAGGCUGCGAAACGGAGCGGGCUAGUCUGCGGCGGAUGUGGGGGGCCGAUUAUUGGGCGGAUCGUGAGCGCGAUGGACAUGCGGUGGCAUCCAGGUUGCUUCAGGUGUUGCGUGUGCGACGAGCUGCUGGAGAACUUGAGUUCAUACGCUCAUGAUGGGCGGCCGUAUUGUCAUCUGGACUACCACGAGCAUUUUGCGCCGAGGUGCUACCACUGCGAGACAGCGAUCGUCGACGAGCGUUUCAUCACCCUUGACGAUCCAGAGCUCGGCAAGCGCACGUACCACGAACAGCACUUCUUCUGCGCUGAGUGCGGUGAUCCGUUCCUCCCACCAUCGGCUCCGGGGGCCCCGUCUCGGACGUUUGCUGGGGACGGAGCCUUCACAGCGAGUGCUGAGGACGACGUCGGUUUCACGGUGUAUAAAGGCCACCCAUAUUGCGAAGCGUGUCAUGUGCGCCUGCGAAUGCCGAAGUGCAAGAAGUGCAAGAGGAGCAUUCGGGAUGGGAUGCAGGCUGUGGAGGCGCUGGGCGGGAAGUGGUGUUGGGAGUGCUUCACCUGCGCUAGCUGCGAUAAGCCAUUCGAAAACCCGGCGUUCUUCCAGCGGGAUGGCAAGCCGUUUUGCGAACAUUGUUUCAGUAUCAUGAUCAGGAACGAGAUCUAG